CCCAACCCAACCCCCCUUUCCCCCUCCCUUCCUCCCCUCACAACUGCUACUUCUGGUUCUGACGGAUUCACGCGCAACUGGAAUCGAAGUCGAGUGCCGAUCGAUCUUUGAGCCUUUUGGUUGACAACCUCAGAUUAACACUCUAAUAUUCCUCGGUACUUAUCCGUCGAUGGUGUGUUUUUCAAGACGGCGGCUGCUUGUUUGGCACUCGGGGCCCCCGAACAUAGCCACAGCACCGAGUCUGGACAAAGAGGGGUGAGAGGUGUCAAAGCAAAUGGCCGAAGACAAGGCGAUGGCCUGCCCAUUUUGUGGCUGGACCAACCCCGGUGGCGAAUAUGAGAUGCUGCUGCACUUGGAAACCUACCACGCCGAAGGAGAAGACGCUUCGUUCCGUCAAGAGCAAGGAAGCGUAUCUGAAAAUCCCGGGUCUGGUGAGAAUAUCUCAUACGUCGAGUGUCCGAUUGAUGGGUGUGAAGAAAUUCUCCCGCUCCAGGAGCUGGAUUAUCAUCUUGAGCUCCAUUCCGAGGAGUCUGGCGGUUGCACCACGAAAGAGCUUGACCCUGUGACACCUGCGGAGCCGGAUCCUCACUCUGGGCCGUCGAGGGCUCAUCGCGCGGCGCAACGGCAUCGACAGUCAGACCCCGGGUCUGAGGUGAAUGAGCGUCAAGGGAAACAAGCAAAGGAAGCAAGGUUAGGAAAGGCAAUCACGAUCUGGAAGCGUUUGCUCAAGAUCCCCGUCUUCACAUCCGAGGGCGUCCACAUGCGUGCCCCGCUCCAGAAUGAACAGCUUCCGAAUAAGCACUCCCCCCACGGCAAACGGCUUGGUAAAGCACAUCUCGGAAAAUACGCUCAUGAGAGCCGUAUGCCCGAAUGGCUAGUAUCGCUGCUCAAGAGGGAAGGCCAAGUCACGUCGCAAGGUGUUGUCUCCGUGCUAGCGGUACUGCUGGAACAAAGUCCAUCGACAAAGCACGCUUACCUCUGCCAUCCACGCGUGCAACAUGUUUCCAAACUCAAGCGCGAGGGAGGGUUCUGCGGCUACCGGAAUAUCCAGAUGCUGGCUUCGUAUAUCAUAGAAGUCAAGUCCAAGGGGCAUGAACAUUUCUGCGGCACUAUCCCGUCCAUCUUUCAGAUCCAAGAAUGGAUUGAGACAGCUUGGGAUUUGGGCAUCAAUUCACAAGCACGCCUUGAGACUGGCGGUAUAAGAGGAACAAGAAAAUACAUCGGCACUCCAGAGGCAGUGGCUGUGUUCCGGUUGUUGAACAUUCCAUGUGAACCACACGGUAUCAAAUUCUCGGAGCCUGGCAAAUCCGAGGCGCAUCUCAUGGAGUAUGUCGAGAAUUACUUCGAAUUGGGGGUUCAGGAUCCCACGCAGCGUGUUCACAGAACAAACCUACCGCCGAUCUACUUUCAACACCUUGGCCAUUCCCUUACCAUCAUCGGCUUUGAGAAGCUCAAGAAUGGCACUAAGCAGCUCCUCGUCUUCGAUCCGUCGUUCCAUGACUCGUCAUACAUCGUACGUCUUAUAGGCCAGACCAGUUUCAAGCAUCCCGCCCCUGAUCUGGCGCUCAGGGCGUACCGGCGGGGAAACGACUAUUUGAAGAGGUACAGAUCUUUUGAGUUGGUGAAGCUGGUGCCACCGUAGAUCCAUCUGUGCUUCGGAUUACCAACAGUUUGCGGACAUCAACAUAGAGUGUUGCAAUAAGGGCCGAUGGAGGGUUAAUAGGCCGAGAUGCUGGAGCAGAGCGGUAUGGCGUGGUGUGGACUAGCCAUGGCAGGCGUUGGUAGAAGAUACCGGCAUAACGGGGGACCGGGUCUUGCCAACUAUGAGACGCUGCAAGUCGGUUCAGGAUCUUCCAGCUACCACAAUAUUGAUGCAAGUUACGGCGCCAGUUCCUUUGCGAACCAAUCUUUUAGCUUUGCCAAGGCCCGGUAGCGGUGCGAGAUCUUGUUCUUUUCCGCCUUGUCCAUCUCAGCAUACCUUGUUUUACGGUCAGUGACUGAGCCACGGGAACAAGCCGCGGAGAUUGGAG